AAAAUGGCUGUUCCACCAGCUUAUGCUGAUUUGGGAAAAUCUGCCAGAGAUGUUUUCACCAAGGGAUACGGUUUUGGGUUAAUCAAACUUGAUUUGAAAACUAAAUCUGAAAACGGACUGGAAUUUACAAGCUCAGGUUCAGCAAACUCAGAAACAAGCAAAGUUAGUGGUAGUUUGGAAACAAAAUACAAAUGGGUGGAAUAUGGAUUGAUGUUCACAGAAAAGUGGAACACUGACAACACACUAGGCACUGAGAUUACUCUCGAAGAUCAGCUUGCACAAGGACUGAAGUUGACCUUUGACUCCUCAUUUUCUCCUAACACUGGGAAAAAGAGCGCUAAAGUUAAGACAGGAUACAAAAGGGAACACAUCAACAUUGGCUGUGACAUGGAUUUUGAUAUUGCUGGUCCUUCAAUACGUGGAGCUCUGGUGGUUGGCUAUGAGGGUUGGUUGGCAGGUUACCAAAUGACUUUUGAGACAGCUAAGUCUAGAGUAACCCAGAGCAACUUUGCUGUUGGCUAUAAAACUGAUGAAUUCCAGCUUCAUACUAAUGUGAAUGAUGGAACAGAAUUUGGAGGCUCCAUUUACCAGAAGGUGAAUGAUAAAUUGGAAACUGCCGUGAAUCUUGCUUGGACAGCUGGUAAUAGCAACACCCGCUUUGGAAUAGCAGCCAAGUAUCAGAUUGACCCAGAUGCCUCUUUUUCUGCUAAAGUGAACAACUCCAGUCUGAUUGGUUUAGGAUAUACGCAGACUUUGAAGCCAGGUAUCAAACUGACGUUGUCAGCUUUGUUAGAUGGCAAAAAUGUCAAUGCAGGUGGUCACAAACUCGGUCUAGGACUGGAAUUCGAAGCAUAAAAAGUGAUUCUACAAUCGCUAUUUUGAAAAUACUUCGCAGCAUAGCUACCUUCAGAAUAUAGUGUACCUUUCAAUGUUUUAUGUAUGGGAUGCAAAUUAUUGCUAAGUAUCAGUCAUGCUAGUCCUGGUUAAAGACAGCUAAGCUAAAGAUGUUUCAGAAAUGAGACGAGAACAAAAGAAAAUCCUAAUUCCAGGCUUUUUUGGAAUGUUGUUGCCCAUCAUAUCCGCCAAAUGCCACAUAGUAAAGGUGUUCAAUACCGUCACACUUCUCAAGUAUUGACUGCACAAGGAAUAUGCUAAUGUGGUAUAAAAAUGAUGACUUUAAGAGUUGCGUACUACUAUAGUGAAUUGUUAAUUCUGUAAGCCGCGUUUCCUGACAUUACAGGUUCAGAGUUUCAAUUCGUGAUGGCAUAUGCAAAUUUGCCUGAAAAGGGGAUUUUUUUUUUAGAUAGGUAUUUCAUAAAUGUUUUGUCUUAUUUAGUUAUCGUACACCUACAGCUGUCUUCAGAAUGCUUUAGGCUGUCCACCUUGUAUAACUCUGUUGCGGAGGAGGUUUAAUGUGACUCAGCCAGUAAUGCUUGUCCUGUGCUGUGGUUCCUUUCCCUUGCACUGAAUGGAAAACUUGUAAGACAGAGCCAUAAUCAGGGAAGAGUCUUUGUGACUGCAAUCACAUAGUUGCAUCACUUUCAAUUUGAAAUGAACUUCUGUUUUAUCACUUUUUUUUUAGCAAUUAAAUGAGUACAUUUUUAGAGUCUUCCAUUUUGUGUGGAACUAGACCCCAGAAUGCUGUACUUGACACUACUAAAAAUGGACAGAAAACCCAAACCCAACUUGAAUAAAAUAUUGAAAUGUCACCUUC